AUGCAUCAAAUGGGCUUUCCUAAUAGAUGGUGUACGUGGAUCUAUGGAAUGUUAUCUUCAGCUAGAGCUUCGAUCCUUGUUAAUGGUGCACCAACUUUUGAGUUUCAGAGUGGCAAAGGAUUACGUCAAGGUGAUCCUAUUUCUCCUUUCUUAUUUUUGCUUGUGAUGGAAGGCUUUUCUUGUUUAAUCAAUAAAGCAACAGCUUCAGGCUCUCUUGAGGGUCUUAAGUUGCCUAAAAAUGGUCCGGUUAUUUCUCACUUAUUAUAUGCGGAUGAUUGUACCUUUGUGGGCGAUUGGUCGAUGAACAACCUUUAUAAGGUGGCUAGAGCUUUAAGAGUUUUCUUUCUAUGUUCUGGGCUGAAGAUUAACUUGGGAAAAUCAAAUUUAUUUGGGAUUGGGGUAGAUGAUAUGGAAGUAAAAAACGCGGCUGCAGUGUUUAAAUGCAAGGAAGGAACACUACUUUUUAAAUAUCUUGGACUUCGAAUUGGCGCAAACAUGAACAGAAUCUCCAGUUGGGAUUUCUUGUUUGAAGUUUUUGAGUCACGACUAGCUACAUGGAAAGCUAAAACUCUUUCGAUCGGGGGACGAUCAUCGAGGGACUUGAAACAAUCAUUAGAUGAUUCCUUUGGGGUGGAUCUCAAGAAGAAAGAAAAAUCCAUUGGGUUGCCUGGGAUCGUGUGGCUUAAACAUGGAGGGUUGGGUUUAAGUAAGUUGGAAGACUCGAACAUAGCUUUGUUAACUAAAUGGAUUUGGAGAUAUAGGAAUGAGGAGAAUGCACUCUGGAGAAUGGUUAUUAACUCAAUUCAUGGUGGUGGCAGGGGCUGGAACUCAGUUCCUAUUAAUAAAUCCCUUGCUAGUGAGGCCCUUGAUGAAUGGUUUGAUUUUCGCAACCUGUUAGACGAGAUCAUAAUCAAUGAGGAAAAGGAUAAAUGGGUUUGGACGGGAGCUUCAAAUAAGCUAUUCUCGGUAAAGAGCGUAAAAAAGUUUCUCCAAAAAGGCAAGGAUUAUAGCGACAGGUUUGUUUUCAAAUGGGCGAAGGGUGUAACAAAAAAGUGUAACAUUUUCGUGUGGCGGGCUGCCAUGGACCGUAUACCUACUUAUAAAGCGUUUCAGGUACGAAACUGUAAUUUUGGAACAUCUCAAUGUGCUUGGUGUGAAACAGAGGAAGAAACUAUUGAACACUUACUAUGCCUCUGCCUUUAUUCUAUGGAGGUUUGGAGCAAGAUUGCCCAUUGGUGCAAAAUUGGCACUCUUAUUUUUUCUUCUGUUCGUGACAUGAUCGAGAGUUACAAGAAUGUUGGCUUGGGAAAAAAUGCAAGAACUAUAUUCAAGAAUAUUGUUUUUGUCUCUUGUUGGUGCUUAUGGAAAGCGAUGAAUGAAAAGAUUUUUGACAAGGUGAAGUUUUAUAGUAAUAAGGUUCUUUUUGAUAUUAAGACGAUAGGCUUUUUGUGGUUCAGGGAAGAUGUAAGAGAGGGUAAAGGGCAUCAAGUGACUCAAAAGGAAGCCCAUGAAGAUUACAAGACACAAGGAAGUGAUUCGGGAGCCGAACGAAGACGCGAAAGCUGCAGCAGGAGUCACCACACCGCUGGCACCUAG